AUGAGUAGCUGGCGCCGGAAGUGAGCGAGCGAACCAUCGGACAGCUUGACUUGGCCCGGCUUGGAGACCGUGGCUGAGGCGGCGGCUGGCGAUGGACCUUUUGCCGGCCAACCCGCACGGGAAUGGCCUGCUGUACGCUGGCUUUAACCAGGACCAUGACUCUGCGGACUCCUGGGUUCAAGACCAUCUGCUCCAGAGGUUGUUUUGCAUGUGGAAUGGAAAAUGGAUUCCGAGUCUAUAACACUGACCCACUAAAGGAGAAGGAAAAACAAGGUGAGGCGUUUCACCAGUCAGAAUUCAUGGAAGGAGGAGUUGGUCAUGUUGAAAUGCUUUUUCGAUGUAAUUACUUAGCUUUGGUUGGAGGUGGUAAAAAGCCCAAGUAUCCUCCCAAUAAAGUAAUGAUAUGGGAUGAUUUAAAGAAGAAGACUGUUAUUGAAAUUGAAUUUUCAACAGAAGUUAAAGCAGUUAAACUACGGAGAGACAGAAUUGUAGUAGUCCUGGAUUCCAUGAUUAAAGUCUUCACAUUUACUCACAAUCCUCACCAGCUACAUGUUUUUGAAACCUGCUACAACCCAAAAGGAUUAUGUGUCCUUUGUCCAAACAGCAACAAUUCUCUUCUCGCGUUUCCAGGAACACACACUGGGCAUGUGCAAAUAGUGGACCUUGCCAGCACUGAAAAGCCUCCAGUUGACAUACCUGCGCAUGAAGGAGUUCUGAGCUGUAUUGCUUUAAAUCUUCAGGGCACCCGUAUAGCCACAGCUUCAGAAAAGGGAACGUUGGUCCGAGUUUUUGACACAACCACAGGACAGCUCAUCCAAGAGUUGCGAAGGGGAUCACAAGCAGCAAACAUUUAUUGCAUUAAUUUUAAUCAGGAUGCAUCUUUAAUCUGUGUAUCAAGUGAUCAUGGGACUGUUCACAUUUUUGCUGCUGAGGACCCAAAAAGAAAUAAGCAAUCCAGUUUAGCAUCUGCAAGCUUCCUUCCGAAAUAUUUCAGCUCUAAAUGGAGCUUCUCCAAGUUUCAGGUUCCUUCAGGCUCACCUUGUAUUUGUGCCUUUGGUACUGAGCCAAAUGCUGUUGUAGCAAUUUGUGCAGAUGGCAGCUACUACAAAUUUUUAUUCAACACCAAAGGCGAGUGCACCCGAGAUGUCUAUGCCCAAUUCCUGGAAAUGACAGAUGAUAAGAUAUGACUGUGAAUGAUAUGAGUGCAAAUUACUUUUCAAACAGAUUUCCUGAUACUGUGUUUUAACUUGCCACCUAAAAGAGGAUAGUGUUACAUGACUAAACUGAGGGAUAUAAUAAAUCUCUAGUGAUGGACUGCAUUUAGAAGGCUCCAUUUAUUAUUUUUGCCAUUUUCAAAUUCUGUUAUGGAAUUUUUCAGGUUGUGGGAGAAUUUUUUUAAAUAAAAUGAAUAGAAGCACUUAAUCUUUGACCACAGGAAAUAACAAAUCUUUCAAACCUUUCAUAAAAAAACUCUUGUACUAAGUGUGCCUGUCUAAAUGGUUUUCUUUGUGACUGGAUGUUUACAAUAUAUUUUGGAGCAGCGGGUUUUUCUGUAAUGUUUGACUUGUUUGCUGGUGCAGAAAACUGCCAAUGCCUAAUGUGAGCAAUUACUUGUCAAAUACACAAGCCCAGAAAAAGGUGCAGUCAUCACAUCUCCAUUUCAUUUUAACCAUAUGUUGUGGCCUCUGAAUGUGUCAAGCUUAAAUGGGCAUCAAGUUGCACAAUGCUGUUAGCAGUGAAAUUAUCUCCAGGUCAGCUCAUGGAAUUAAGUACCCAGUGAAUUUUGCUCUUUUCAGUUUGGAAUCCAUGAGUAGAGAAAGCUAUGAACUGGUGUCUGUUUAAAACAAGAUGCCCAAUUUAUUAGCAUCAAGUUUUGUGCUAAAUGUAUAUAAAGUACAAAACAUUUCUAAUUUCAAAAUGCUGAUUUUUAAUAUAAACUACACACUAAGUUGAACUUGUAUAUUACUGAUUUUUUUUUUGCUUAGAAAGAAGGUCUGAUACGUUUUUUAAUAAGGAAAGGUAAGAUUUCCAUCUGCAUCUGAUGGAGAUUCAAAAAUUUGUCUAUCUGUUGCACAUGAGUAAAUUGACAUCCAUACUGAGAACCUUUUAUAUACGUCUAAAGUACUGUACAGGGAACAAAUCAUUGUAGUUUUUGCAGAAUAAACUAAUAAACAUUUACAGAGAA